UGUGCGUUGAAAUCGAAGAAGAAUCAGUUGACAUUCAAUAAUAAAGCUAUCCGAUCGAAUAAUUUGUGCAUUAACAAAAAAAAACAACUGAAUCAUGGCUCUAGCUGAUGUUUGUGGCUUGUCGGAAAAUUUCUACAAAGAUUCCCAGUUCUCUAACCGAGAUUUUCAAGCCGACAUUACAAAGUACUCGAGUAAUUUCGAUAAUCACUACCAAUUGGCUGCUCCACCAUUCGAAAAUCCGUGCGAUGGUCUAUCAAAGGUUCAAGCCCUUGGUGCAAAGGAUGGAAUUAAAAUUGAUUUCGAUCAUGGAACUACGACGUUAGGCUUUCGCUUCCAAGGCGGCGUUUUGUUGGCCGUUGAUUCUCGUGCAACGGGUGGCCAGUACAUUGGAUCCGGUACGAUGAAAAAAAUUGUUGAGAUUAACGACUAUUUCCUUGGCACAUUGGCCGGUGGAGCCGCUGACUGUGUGUAUUGGGAUCGUGUCCUGACCAAAGAGUGUCGUCUGUACGAGCUUCGCAACAAAGAACGAAUUUCUGUUGCUGCCGCCAGUAAGAUUAUGGCUAAUAUUGCACAUGAAUACAAGGGAACCGGUCUCAGCAUGGGAAUGAUGUUGGCUGGAUAUGAUAAACGCGGUCCCGGUCUUUAUUACGUCGAUUCGGAAGGAUCCAGAACUGCCGGUUCAUUGUUUUCGGUUGGUAGUGGUUCGGUUUACGCUUUCGGAGUGUUAGAUUCUGGUUAUCGAUGGGAUCUUACCGAUGAAGAAGCUCAGGAGCUCGGUCGUCGUUCCAUUUAUCAUGCUACACAUCGCGAUGCCUAUUCCGGUGGUAUUGUUCGAGUGUAUCACAUUAAGCCGACUGGAUGGGUUAACAUUUCCAAUGAGGAUUGUAUGGAUUUGCAUUACAAAUAUCAAGCAGAGAAGGCGGCUAAGCUCGCUUAAACGUGGAUUGAGUGAACGGUUUUUGUAUUCGGAAAAUUUAAUAAAAAUCUUGGUUUUAACUCAAUAGAAAGAGAU